CAAUCUUAUUGGUUCACAGCAUGUUGUACGACUACGGGCGGACGUCCGGCCCGGCUCCUCAUCCACCCGACUCGUCCAACGGCAACGGCCUUGACGCCAAAACUCCGAAGUGGCGCUCUCCCGGACACACGGGGGCGUCACGCCCAAUAUUGGACGCAAGAAGCCACUCGGACUUGCUUUUCGUAAGCAGCCAUGGAGCCAUAGUGAGAGAGCCACGAGACUGAUCAUGUUCCACAAAGUUAUGACGAGUAACAAGCACUUGCGGAUGUUUCUUGGACGCCCGGUCAGCAUCUAAAUAUCGAGCUACCCCACACCACAUCUCGCAUCCCCUUUCCCCAGACCAUCCACCCUCAGAUCACCACCAGUCCCGCACAUCACCACCACCUCAGCUCCACCUCACCUUUCGACUUUGUACAUAUCUUCACAGCAAAGAAAUACAACAUGGCGAUAAAAGCCUCCACCGGAGUCUGCAAACCCUCCGAACUAGCCCACCUCGUCCUCCGCACCGCCAACCCUGACAAACUCAUCUCCUUCUACCAAACCUUCCUCAACGCAACAAUCACCGCCUCAAGCCCCCUCAUCACCUUCCUCACCUGGGACCACGAACACCACCGCCUCGCCAUCCUCAACGACCCCACCGCCGUCCCGCGCCAAGACAACGCCGUCGGUAUGGACCACUUCGCCCUGACCUUCGACUCUCUCGGCGACCUGCUGCAAUCCUACAAGGCCCGCAAGGACAUGGGCAUCGAGCCCGUAUGGUGCGUCAACCACGGCAUGUCGACGAGUAUGUACUACCGCGAUCCGGACGGCGGCAAGAUUGAGACGCAGGUGGAUGCCUUUGAGACAAAGGAGGAUGCGGUUGCGUACAUGACGAGUGCCGAGUUUGGCGAGGAUCCGAGGGGGCCGAGGUUUGAUCCUGAGGAGAUGGUUAAGAGGUUUGAGGCUGGGGAGGAUGAGAAGAGUUUGAUGAAGAGGUCGGCUUUUGCCAAGGAGGAGAUGAAGCUUUGAUCUUUUGAGUGUUGGUGCAUCGUGGUAUUGUGGUUUUGGGGGUCAUGGGUGAGGUUGGAGUUGGUGGAUACAUGGUGCUCAUGUAAGUCAACUGCACAUGAUGGCGAUGAUUGCAUUCUGCCUUAAGGUAGAUAGCUAGCCAAGAUGCUAUCUAAAUUGAAGCCUGGGUCUCUUGACAACCUAUCGUGUGAUAGUAUCCACUAUUGGGCUCAUUGUGAUACUUUCAAGGAAAAGUUGGGGCUGGAAUUGGAUUUGAUGCCUAAGAGUUUAGG